AUGGACGUGGAUGCGGUGGUGCAGUUUGUGCGUGGCCACGAGCGACAGCGGGAUGGUGUCAAGCAAGAGAAGCGUUCUCCUGUUGAUGAUGGUCGUGAUGACGGCAGUGAUGGUGGUGGCGAUGGAUCCUCAAGCUUGAUGGAAUGCAUGGUGGACCACAUGUUCUUAUCCGGUGCUUACUUUGGCGUCAACACCUGUGCCCUGUUGCGGCGUGAAGCAGACUUCCCGGCCAGCAAGUUCCUGGCACUGGCAGACGCCUGUCGGUGCCACAACACCGGUGCGUACGCUGGAAACGUUGGCCUUCAGCCACAUGUCCUCUACACAUACAGUGCGUUGCAGCUUCGAUACUUGAGCGGUGACGCUGAGAUUGCAGAUCACGCUUCGCCCGCUGAUCAGAAACGUUCGUUGAAACUGCUGGAUGUGUGGUUGUGGCGUGGCUGGGGCGGCGAAUUGCCCAAGACGGAGCUUGCAGCGGCGAUGACUUUGGCAUGA